AUGAUGCUGCACGCGUGGCACGGCUACCGCAAUUAUACCUGGGGCGAGAAUGAGAUCAAGCCAAUCUCUGGGCAGCCGAACAACCAGGGGAUUUUUGGAGGGGCCGGCAUGGGAGCGACCAUUGUCGACGCGGCCGACACGCUGUGGCUGAUGGGGCUCAAGGAGGAAUACGAGCAGGCCCGGGACUGGAUCCGCGACAAUUUCGACAUGAAAAAGAAGGCGACGGGAACGCUGUCGGUUUUUGAGACGACGAUCCGGUUCCUUGGAGGCCUGCUGUCCCUUAAUGCGUUGACCGGCGAGGCUUUCUACGUAGCAAAAGCCAAAGAUGUCGGCGACUCGCUUUUGAAGGCUUUUAACACGCCGACCGGGAUCCCGAAAUCGCAACUAUCCGUUCAGACAGGCGAGAGCCAAAACUUUGGCUGGGCCUCGUCGAUGUCGAUUCUCUCCGAGAUCGGCACGCUGCACCUCGAGUUCGCCGAGUUAUCCCGGAUCACCGGCGACCCAGUCUACCUCCAGAAAGUGCAGAAAGUGCGCGACGUGCUCGACAAGGCGCAGAAGCUCGACGGCCUCUACCCCAACUACAUCUCGCCGACGGACGGGCGGUUUAGUGGAAGUCACAUCUCGCUCGGGGCGCUCGGCGAUUCGUUCUAUGAGUACUUGAUCAAGGCGUGGCUCUACUCGAAUUUCCGGGACGACCAGGCGCGUCGGAUGUAUUGGGCGGUUAGCGAGAAGAUACAGGAAAAAAUGGUCAGCCAUUCCCGGUCGAAUCUGACGUAUCUCGUUGAGUUGCGGAACGGCCGUGCGGAGCAUCAGAUGGGUCAUCUGGCCUGUUUUGCGGUUGGGAUGUUUGCCUUGGAGGGGCAUUACGAGAAAGAGCCGGCCAGGAAGGCCCGUGUCCAAAACCUUGCUGAAGAGCUCGGGCGAACCUGCCACGAAUCGUACAUCCGCUCCGAGAGCCACAUCGGCCCUGAAAUGUUCUAUUUUAUCGGCCAGGAGGACGCGACCGCCAAACAAACCGGCGCCAACGGCUACAUCUUGCGCCCCGAGGUGAUCGAGGGGUGGUUUUAUCUAUGGCGGCUGACGGGGAAACAGAUGUACCGCGAUUGGGUGUGGGACGCCGUCGAGUCGAUGGAGAAGUGGUGCAGACGGGAAAAGGGAUAUGUAGGGUUGCAGAAUGUCUACAAACCAGAACAAGGCGCCGACGAUGUGCAGCAAUCCUUUUUCUUGGCCGAGACCCUGAAGUACGCCUACUUGACGUUUACCGAAGAUACGACGAUCAGCCGCUUGCACCGGCGAGUCGAGGAGGCGAAGCUCGAAUUUGGCAAGGCGUGCGAGCGCGAGGAAGCCCUUGCCGAAGAGUUGGGCCGACAGGAGGCAAUCUACGACUCGGUGAACAAGUAUCUGCACCUCGUCGUCAAGGAAGAAGAGGACGGCAUCCGGGCGGACUGGCAAGCCCAAGACGAAGCGCGGCUGACUCUCGGUGGCGUGGAGACGUGCCCCGAGUCGAAAGUGCCGGUGCUGGUGACCUCGGAGCAAGCCUACUGGGACCCGCUGCUGAAGUGGUUCGAGCGAUCGCUGUGUGCCGGAGAAGCCGCCGCUAGGGGCCUGUACACCGACGUGAGCACCAAAGAGCUCUCCAAGCUUCUCACGACGGCGCUGCGAUCAAACGUCGACGAGGCUUUCCGCGAGUGGAAGGACGCCCGAGUUGCGACCCUGGAGAAGCGAGGCCGCUACCGAGAGCUUCAGACACAGAGCGUCGGACUGACGAUCGGCUUCUACGACUCCAAAGAGCAGACACGCGCGGAU